AGUAUCGCGAUCGUUCAGUUUAUCCCAAAUCAUUGAAUUAAAUUUUAAAAAACAAAAAUUUCCCGCGUUGUAAAAAUAAUAAAGGCAAUGAAAAAAUAUGGACAAGGUACUAGAAACGUUAAGUAAAAAAUUAACAGAGGAAAAAAAACACAAAGAGUGCAAUGAAAAAUAUUCUGGAUUAAAAACCGACGAGGAACGUAUUAUUUUUACAUUAAAUUUGAUAAAAGACUACGAUAUUCAAUUACCUGUAAAAAGUGACAUAAAAAAUGCAUUUCAGUCUCGUGAGUAUAAUGACAGAGCGACGAAAUUAUUUAUAAAUAAUUCUGUUCAUUGUGAUUUUGAUACAAUUAUUGAAUUAUAUACGAAAAGUAUCGCCUAUGCACCGGGGGCACGUGAAUUGUCUUUGGCGUAUGCCAAUAGAUCGGCGGCAUUAUUUAAAGCUCACUUGUAUGAAGACUGUCUUGAAGAUUGUGAACGUGCUUUGAAGCUCGAUUAUCCAGAUAAAUGGAAAGCUAAAUUGUACGCGCGAAAAGCUCGAUGUUUAAGCUCGAUUGCAAGCUUGGGUAAAAGCUCGGUCGCAAGCUCAUGUCAAAAUACAAUCCCAGGCUCGAGAACAACAAAAUCUACAAGUUCAAUUUUAGAUAACUGCUCGAUCGCAAGCUCAACUGAAAGCUCGGCAGCAAGCUCGUCUAAAAAUUCAAACACCAACCCAAGUACAUUCAUAUCUACGAGUUCAGGUUUUUCAUGCCCGGUUGCAAGCUCUGGGAAGAACUUAGCUGCAAGCUCGGUCGCAAGCUCGACCGGAAAUGAAACCACGACGUCUAAUACUGUGGUACGUGACUGCUCAUUUUCCACUUUGGGCUCGGUCGCAAGCUCUCCUGGAGAUUCAGCUACAAGCUCGGAUGAAAAAAUAGAAGAAACUUUGUGUCAAAUACGUAAAUGGUUACCUAAGAUGGAUAUAAAAGAUUCAGGAGUUAAAUUAGUGAAAAAAACGCUAAACAAUUUGCAACUGAUGGGGCAAAAUGAUGCAGCAUUCAUUAAAUUUGAUGAUGAACGCAAUUUGCCGAGUAUUAUUGCCGAUAAUAAAGAAAUUCGCGGAGCUACAUCGGCAGUUGCCAUAGAAUAUUCUGAUGACUAUGGAAAACAUGUCCGAGCAACUCGUGAUAUUGAUGUCGGUGAAAUUUUGGCCAUCAAUGAAGGCUAUGCUACAGUUUUGAUGUUGAAUAAAAUUUACACACACUGUGCGCAUUGUUUGAAGCAAACUUGGUCUGGUAUUCCGUGUAAUAAUUGCGUGUACGCCAUUUAUUGUAAUGAGCAAUGUCGUCGUGACGCUUGGGAUAGCUAUCACCAGAUCGAGUGUCGCAUUGUGGGUCCUGUGAUAAAUAUGGAGAUGAAUCACAUGGCACUUAUGGCACUCAGAUUAACUGUAUGUGCUUUUAAUGAAGUUGGUGAUUCCCAGUCUCUGAAAGAUCAUCUCGCCCAAAUUGAUUCACUUCCAGAUUUGAGAACCAAUGGAUACACUAAUAAUAUUCUGGAUGACCGGAAAUACGCUAGUGUAUACACGCUAGCGAGAAAUACCCACAAAAGAUCAACUCCCGAUUUAUUUGGGCGGUCACUAAAUGCCAGUUUCAUUGUUUAUUUGCUGGCAAAAGAGAGUACGAUGUUCGGCGAACAAUUCAAAGGCGAUUUUACAGAGUUUAUCAGUUUGCCAUGGGUUAGUUUUAUUGGUGGACUGAUCAUGAGACAUUUGCAAAUUAUUCCCAGCAACGUUCACAGUGUGACUGAAGACAAUUUAGAUCAGCUACCAAUCGACAGAGCGGCUGCACUCAUGCCUUUCUACAGUCUAUUUAAUCACAGCUGCAAUCCAAUGGUAGACAGGCGAUCAUUUGGGAAAAAAAUAGCAUUGAUUGCUAUUAGUCCUAUAAAAAAAGGCCAACAGAUAUUUGAUAAUUACGGGCAGCAUUACGCGAUAACAUCCAAAGCAAAAAGACAACAGAAAUUAUUACAGCAGUACCAUUUUACGUGUUCCUGUCGAGCUUGUGCAGAAAAUUGGCCUUUAUACGGCAAUUACAAAUCCUAUCAGGAACAACAAUUGACAAAAACAAUUAAAAAAGAUAUAUCACGUGCAUUAAACAAAUUGGAUCAAUAUUACACGUUAGCAAGUAGGGGAGAUGUCGAAGAUAAGCCGGAAAUAAUAACAGAUUUGUGUAAAAUGUUGAAUAUACUCUAUAAAUAUGUGGAUUUACCGUGCACUGAAGUGAAUAACGUGAUAGAAAUUUUGAAAAAAGUAUAUUCUUUACGUGGUAAUUGUUUACAAUCGCUAAAUGGUGACACCAUCACAAAGAUUAUUAAUAUCUAAGCUUUCAAUGAAUAAAUGUGUCUUUUAUAUUUGCAUUGUUCUGCAAUGAUCCC